AAAUACUCUGUUUAUUUAUACAUUUCUUUGUACAAUUUUUAAUUUUUCCAUAUUUUAUAUCGUUAUUUGGUCUACUUGUGUAGCUGCCACUUCAUCCAUUGUCCUCCAAAACACACACUUGGGCGGUACACUUCUGUGCCUGGCAGGUAGUGCCCAUGCAAGCAUGCAACCUAGCAGGCGCGGGUGUUAUUCGGUUAAAACAGCCUCCCUGUGGUAGCGCAUUCCAGCGCGUUGCCCCGGCUUUAGGUGGUGUUGAGGGCAGUUUUUUAGCGGCUUCAGUAGGUGGAUGUGCUGCUUUCAGGGGGCUCAUAACAAAAAAAAGGAGCAGAAAAGAGGGGGACGACCGCAGACGGACAAGUGGCGCUAGUGGACUAGGUAACUUUUACGCAAAACCUUGGUGUAAAGUGACCUUAGUCGCUGGCUGCCUACGCGGGUUGCUCGCCAUCAAACACUCCCAUUUUUCACGCCUGGGGCCAGUGAAAAUUUCUCGUGCGGCAAAACAAUCCCAACGUCACCUCCCCGACCAGCGCGCAUUUUACCAUCAAAAGAAGGCCACCACCCGGCCUUUUUUAUCGAUAUUUUUACAUACGGCCAAAGUGUAUGGCUUGAUUUAUGAUUUGAUCGACUUUUUUGGCGGAUUUUCCGCGGGCUCUCUGCCGACUUUGAUCACCCCUGCACGAUGUCGUCCCGCAAGGUCCGAGUCAAGAAGCUCAGCGUCAAGACUGCGCUUCCUGUCCUCAGAGAAGACGAGAUCGAUGCUACUGAAUACGAGGCACUUACAAACGAAAAUCAAAUCGCGACUGGUGUCGAACACGCCGAAGAAAAGGAAUACCAUCUUCAGUCCAUUCUGAAAGAUGCCGGCACUAGUAACAACCAGGAAAUUCCUGUGCCUCCUCCACAGGAGAGCGAGGGCGUAGACUAUGAAGGUCUAUACCCUACUCCCUUCCAUAAACCAUACACAUACCUUCGCUUUUCGCAGACCGUGGAAGAAUGUAUCAGCUGCUCAUAUGAUAUGAGCACGGAAGACAAUGAGUUCCUCAAGGGUUACAAUGCGAAGCCUCCUCAAGGAGGUGUUCUCUCCGAAGAUGACUUUGAACGCAUCAUGGAAGUCUUUGAAGAGACGGCAAGCGAGCAGACACCAUUUGCCUCUGUGGACAACACCGUUGCCGCAUAUGACAUGAUGAUGCCUGGCCUUAACCACCUUGGCUCUGCGCAAUUGUUGCAGCACGCCAAGGCUAUAUAUGAGUACUGGAGCACCAGCCGCCAGGCGGCCGGUAAUAAGCCCUUGCACCCAACCCUCAAGUUUGAGACACACCAAGACACGGACGAUACCGAUCCGUAUGUCUGUUUCCGACGCCGCGAGGCCCGUCAGACAAGAAAGACGAGAGCGCGCGACAACAAGAUUGUCGAGACGCUCAAGCGUCUGCGUCGCGAGCUUGAGGAUGGUCGUCAACUUGUUCUUAUGUCGUACGAGCGUGAGAUGCUCAAGCGUGAGCUUUUGCACAUGGAUCGCGCCGUAUUUGAAGAGCGUGCACGCCUCAAGCACAUCAAGAACAAGCUUGGCGUCAAGGGUGAAGACGAAGAUCUCGUCCACCAAAAGCCCCAGAAACGUAAAGCUGCCGAGUCUGCCGCCGCCCAGAGAGCGCCUGGCACCCAGCUACGCACGGCUGUCCGUCCUGAUGGUCGAGCGCUUGAAUCGGAUCUUGUUCUGCUUUCUGAUCAGCUUGCUGAGAAGGAAAAGGAGCUUCGAAGCGAAAUCGAAACCAAGGUCCAGAACCAUCGCCGAUGGAACCAGAACCACAUCGACCUCACCACUUACCCUCUCUCUCCCGUACAGGAUCAAGGCAUGGAGCUCAAGUUCCGCCCCGCCAAGACCCAAUAUCUCAUGACUCCUCCCGCAUCCGUCUCGUCCGACUCUAUGGACGUGGACGAGGAUGCACCCGAACCAAUGCAGCUGGACAAGCCACAACCAGCUGCCGUAUUCCAGUUUAGGGCUGGCGGAGCUCCCACGGAGCUUGCACAGCCGAGCCAGCCAUCGUUCCGUCGCCGCAUCGGCCGCUUGAGCCGCUUGUGGAUCGACCGACGAGGCAUGGCCACGCAGUCCAAGGCUAGCAGCGCAGAGUACUCUGACCGCUGGAAGUAUGACUCUGACGACGAAGAUGACGUCGAGCCUCCAGUGUACGAAGUCGACCCAUACGACACCAAUGCGCUCAAGUUCCGUGCGACGAUCCCGCUCAGCUCAUAUCUCUUCCGAGGACGACAAGCGGUACCGCCGGAGGCCCUGGCUGCUGCAGGCAGAUCACUGGCUGCCCCGCCUGGUGCACAGGUACCAACACAACCACCUCAAGCUGCUGCCGCGUCUUAGAAAGCCGGGCAGGUUUGAGGGCUGGUUUGUAUGAUAUUGUACAUAGCGAGUUUUUGCUUUUUGAUUUUGAGAAAUCUCCUCAGAAAGGAAGACGGAAGACGAUGUUGUCAUUGCUUUGCUGCUCUGCUUUGCAUCGGAAGAGAGCGACGACGUUGUAGAAGAAGGGGGAUAUCCAUUGUAUAGUAACUGGUAGCAAAGGAGGAUCGGGCUUUUUGGCGCGGUGUCGGGAGUUUGGUUUUUGGCAUUUUUGGUAUUUGUUGGCUCGAAGAUUUUAUUCUUUGGUGGGAAUCCAGUAUUUUUUUUUUGCGCAAGAGCCAAAAGCCCCCUCCUCCUUGGAGCCAAGACGUUGAACAAACAGCAUGAAAUAUAAAAAAGAAGAUGUCUGGGUUCACCAGAUUAGCCUCUGUUCUCUUUGUAUGUGCGAAGUGUUGUAGUAAUGCUCGGAGGUUCGGAGCCUUGCUGCGGUAUAUGGGCGGCGAGGCGGAGGCCCGGCCGGUGAUGCUGCGUGAUGAGGCACAUGGAGAGUUUGUUUGUUGUAAGCACCCGACAAACAGCCCGCGAGGCAAUAUCAUGAAGAUAUCAUUCUUUGUAAGGAGAACAUGUUUGCCGUGUAAAAGAAGAGAAGAAGAGGAGUGACGGCGGCGCGGGGGAAUCGAGAGGCGUUGUUGCUGACACCAAGUAAGCGGCUCAGACAUGUACGGCCAGAGCCGACUAUGGCUGACUGUUUGCGAGGAGUAUCUUUGCAAACAUUGUGUCGAAGGCCAAUCUAAGCGAAUCUUGUAGAGUAGCGUAUAAGAACAGAAGCAAAAGAAGAAAAAAGACAAAAAGUAAUUUGCGUGGCGAGUAGGGUUUUUGGGUGAGCGCCGUGACAAGACGGUGGGCAAAAAGAAAAAGGCCGGCACGAUGCAAGUGGUGGUUGUUGUGGGUCACCUGGUUUGGUCCCCUGCUUUGGCUGGAGAGAGGCUUUCGUUCAACGGGC